GACAUUUCUUCCUCUACUGCGGAUACUAGUCUGUAUGCAUGUACUAUGGUGGGGUGUACAAGGAAUGACUACCGAAUCUCCUGAAAGUAUCGGCGCCCGUCUGGUUGAUGGAUCUCGUAAAUCAGAGGGAAGAGUUGAAGUUUAUUACCAAGGACAAUGGGGCAGCGUUUGUGAUAAUCUUUGGACCAUCAGGGAGGCAAGCGUGCUGUGUAAACAAUUGGGAUAUACUGGAGCAGAUGAGGUUGUAAUAGCCGGUCAUUUUGGGCAAGGAGAAGGCGAUGUACUACUGGAUAUGGUACAAUGUACUGGUGAUGAGGUUAGCCUGUUUGAAUGCACACACAGUGCGAUUCGAACCACCGCUUGUGAACAUUCGGAAGACGUGGGCGUGGUCUGUACUUCUACAGGUUCUGUAAGACUGGGGGAUGUUACAUCAUUUGGCAAAGGCAGACUGGAAUACCUGGAUGAGAGCCAAGGCUGGGGAACUGUGUGCAACCAAACCUGGAGCCAAUCCGACAACACAGUGGCAUGUAUCCGACUCGGAUUCGAUCCUCUUAGCGUCCAUGAUGCCUUCCCUGCUUCUGGAGGAGACGACCUGCCGAUAGUGCUCGGAGGCCUUCGAUGUUCCCAACAACAUAGAUUAGAUGAAUGUGAGAGGGAUGAUGACUGGACACCUGAUAGAUGUAUGCAUGCGCAGGAUGUUGGGGUACAAUGCAAACCCCCUGUGGGCAUUAGAUGGGUGUCAGUAGAUUCCAAUUUCGCCGGUAUUCCUUCUGUAUAUUAUGGACGGACCUGGGGAUCCUUCUGCUUGGACAAUUGGGACAUCAACGCAGCUCGUAUAUUCUGCAUCAACAGUGGUUUUCAAGAUGCAGUAUAUAUAGCUAGCACGACAGGAGGUCCAGUGAUUCCACCGAGUACGAUUGUGAACACAAUCAGCUGUACAGGAGAAGAAGAAUACUUCACCGAUUGUCCUCAGAUAGAAUGGGCCUAUCAGGGAGAGUGCAGUCAGGAGGCUAGACCAUUUGUUGUGUGUCAAGAUGGACAAAAAGCACUCAAUAUCGUCAACCCGAUUCCUGGUUACCCUGAAUACGGUCGAGUAGAAGUGACCGUCAACAAACGAUGGAAAGGUACCAUAUGUAACAGUACGUGGGACCAGGCUGCAGCUAACGUGGUCUGUCGUGAUCUUGGUUUUAAUCGAGGAGCGCGAAGAUUCUUAACCAUCGGAGGAGGGGGUACCCUACAGAUAUUCGACGGCGUACACUGCACUGGAGAUGAAGACAGUUUUAGCGAUUGUCGGAGUGAGUUGGUCCCAGAAUCGCGAUCGGACUGCGAUCACACUCAAGACGCUGGCGUCGAAUGUUUUGCAAACGACGACUCAUUGAUUGACUUUGUAAGCGGUGCAGGUUCCUAUGAGGGCGUGGUGUAUUACCGAGUGGAGGGUCGACGUGCCUUGAUUUGUGAUCAAACAUGGACUGACAAGGAAGCCGCUGUGACAUGUCGUAUGCUAGGAUACGAAGGUGGUACAGCAACCAAAGUAGUCGAUCUAGAACCAGAGGAUUCUACUGAUAUCUUCCAAUGGGAUAUUGUGUGUGAUGGUGAUGAGGAAAGACUAGAAGACUGUACUGUGACAAAGGGAGACACCUCGACCUCGUGCGCUCCUGAAAACGUUGCUCAAGUCAGAUGCGGACCAAAUAAAGAUUUGGACUUGCGGAUGACUGGAAGUGAGUUCUCAGAGCAAGGACGGGUGGAAACCUACAAGAACGGAGAAUGGGUCAGAUUUUUGGUGAUUCCUACCCCAUUUGUGUACAAUCCUAUCUACGACAGGCUUUGUAAAGCCAUGGGGUAUGAGGAAGUGUUGAAUUAUUACAAUGGAGUAGCGCAGAUGCCUUUCCAAGAAGGUUCACAGGAUACAGGGUACCUGUGUCAGCUUCAACCCUUAGACAGCAGCUUCCAGUGUAGUGUCUGGACUGAUACGACUAGACGUGGUUCUAAUUAUGAGACAGGCAUUUUGUGCAAGCCAUGUGACAUUGUGGCAUACCAUCCGAUAAGAUUGGUCGACAUUAACACAAACGAGAUCAACAACCAGUCAGGACGUGUAGAGAUCUACCAUGACGGCCAAUGGGGAAACAUUUGCGCGGAUGCAGGUUAUUCUGAACUUCAUCUUUGGACGGUUUGGCAUUAUCCCUCAUCAUCGUGUUGGUCGUUGUUACAGUCGAUGUCGGAUUCGUUGAUGUCUAAGGACUACAAGAAAAUCUUUGAUCAAAAUCAGCGUCAUUCCGGUGGCUACAUGUCGUCUCCCCGAAGGUUCCUGAUUCCAAAUUAUGUCCGUAAUUCCGGUAAUACGUUACUGCGAAGGUUAAUGAUUCCGAAAAUGAAGUAUGAUUUGUAAUUCCGAAUGCAUGUAUGAUAUUUAUUUUACAAAAUCAGAAUUCCAUAAAUGAGAAAGGGUUCAUAAUUCCGAAAUUAAAAUAGAACCCGGUUGUAUUGUUUCCGGAAUUCAAACCAAUAUACGGAAAAGACGAUCAGUUUUCGAAUCAAUCACAUUUUGAUACACCAAUGAAGUAUAGAAUAAAGCCCCUAAAUCCAGAAAUCACGAAUAAAUCCAGCUUACGUGGUUUCAUCGAGUCUUCGCAUCAAGUCGGGCUGCCGGGUAUUCAUACAAGAUCCGGUAAAAUUAACUGCAAAUUAUCCCAUUUGUUUUCUUCUCAAAAAUUCUCCUUGAGAUUGACUUAAGGAUAAUCCCUUCAAAUAUACACUAUAUACUCUUAAACAUUUCAAAGAUACGGAAUGACUUUGUAAACUUAAUUUUUUUAUAAUGUGUUUAUAUCUUUAAAAGAGUUAAACGUUUAAUGCCUCUUAAAUAUGUAAAUUGUUUGAAAUAUAACGACAAAAUUUUCAAUUGUCGAAGUAAUUUUUUGUAGGCCUCUCAUUUUAUUGCUUGAGUGUCUUUCUUGUAGUGCAAAAUGAAGUUGGUUUGUAUACUUAUAUCAUUUAUAAUUGUAUUGUAACUGACGUAUGCAUAACGAUAUAAAUGGAUCUAAUUUUAAA